AUGAGAAAAAUUGUAAAUGUCAUAGAAAAUGACUUCCGUCCUGAAUUGCAGCGUGUUAUUAAUGAUUCAUCAGAUGAAGGCAGUGGGAAAGCAGAUGUUCUGCGAGCUGUGUGGGAGCAAGACCUAAAAGACAGGAGGGAGUUUUGGACUGAUCAAAGGAGAAACAGUGAGCAAACAGUUAAUAUUGGAACAAAUAACAGAAAUCCCCAUUUAACCACUCACAGAAAAUGAUAAAACUUAAUAUACAAGUUGAAAAUCGUAACUCUUUUCACUUAAUAAUAUUCAAUAAUAAAAGGAUUAAAUUUAGAUACCAGUGAAUUAUGAUCCUCUCCGUGAACAUUAAAAAAGCUAAGCAGUAUGAAACUAUGAAUUAUUUCAUUAUACAUUUAUCAACUCAAGGGUUAAAUUUAUUCUGUCAUUUUGUGCAUUAAGGGCAAUACACAUUGCUGUACUGUAUCAUCAAUUAACAGAAAUGAAAAAUAUUUAUAAAUAGACUUUAUACUCCAUCAUGGGAAACUUCAUAGCAGUCAUUAAAAACUAAUAGGAAUUUUUGUACAAUGUUCUUGUGUAGGAAAUGGUGUGCAUGGAAAUAGAUGGAGUACAAUUACCUAUCGUAUGGCUCCGGCAGUAUUUUGUAGAAGCCCGGCAGCCUAUGAGGCUUUGGCAGGUUUUGACAUAUUACAGCUACCAUCAGUGGAUUCAUUAAGACAACUACGGUCGGGGUACUUCCAGACUGAUGGCCCCAAUUGGGAAAACCUGGAAGAAGCUGCCCAAGAUUACAAAUCCCUUCGAGAGGAAAAGAGAGUACAAGGGUUACUACAACCGCAAGGCUGGGGUGCGUUGAUUGGGGAUGAGGUGAAAGUGGUGACAAAAAUUCAGUGGAACUCCAAAAUUAAUGAGUGCGUUUAUUUAUGCAUGGUUUAAUUCAUUUAAUUUAUGUACCUUUUUGGUCAGUUUCCUUUUUUGGCAUCCAUGAAUUUCCUGAAUUUUGAAAAUUAUAGUAAAAAGAUUAACAAUUUAUUGAUUUCGUCUAACUUUUGACCGAAAGUGAGUUAGUGAAUACCUUAAAAAGUAUAGACUUUACAAGCGAGUUCGAUGUCACUGGCCCUUACUACAAGAGCGAAGUGGGAAUGAAGCAUCAGUUUGUGAUGACGUGCAUACUUACACCAUCCAUGCAUUUCAUCUCUACGGAUUCGAGGUGA